AGCGGACAACGGCUCAUCGUGAACCCUUGCACACAAUAGCACGCCCUACGGUAUGCCAUGUCAUCUUUAAUGCUGAGGAGGGGAGUAUGCCAGCUUUACCCGCCAUAUCAAUAACGCGGAAACGCCCACGAGACGAGGACGAUGGGAAGAUCAAGGCAUACACAUUCACGGUCCAUGAUCCUCGCGCACCUCUCCGGCCCAGCGAGUCGUUCCGAUCCAUAUGCUUGCUGUCUCGCGCGAGUCUUCCCCUCGCCUAUCUUGAUCAAGCUUCACCACCGAGCCGUUUCUUUUCCGCUCAUAUCAGCCCACUCGAGAAGGCGAAUGCCGAAGACGACGCGCUUCCUAGCGUGCUAGUGGCGAGCUCGGAGGUGGAGAAGCGGUUGUAUGCCAUUGAACAGGUCGUUCCACAACGCUUCGCGCUAUGUCGCCUCGCAACCUGGGUCACCGAGUCCAUGCUGCUGGAACAAUCCAAUGUGGAAUUCCAGACAAGGCCAUUACAUCCGAUGAAGAGGCGAGCCAUAGAAUGUCCACCGAACGCUUGGUGGGGGCAUGCGUCAGUUGAAUUGCCGGGGGCUGUCGCUGCCGUCAUGGGCCAGGGAUACCAAAGGUCGGAGCCACCCAAGCUCCACACGAAUCGGCAGAAGAAGACCACGUCGGCCGAUUCGCGACGCCGACUGGUGCAAGAGUCCGAUGUAUCGACUCGCAUCGAUGCGCAGCCCCCUGAUUUCGCCAACAUAACGGAUACAAACCACCAACCACAGGACGCACUACAGGAGCUGACCAAGCAUUACCUUGAGGCCUUGUACCUUUCUAGGACCUCACUGGCCUAUUUCGCCAAAGGACCACUAUCGAGAGCGAGAGCGGCCUGGUCAGGUGCAGGAAAGGAAACGGAUCUACCCGGACUUGCGGCCUUCUUACGCGCAAGCAUACUGACCUCGUCCGUGAUGGACAAAAAGUUCAGAGAUCACAUUCCGAAUUCAAUCAAAACCCUGCCGCUGUCGAAUGACCAACCGCCAGAGCGUGGAUCUGACAAAGCAAAGAAGAAGCGGCGGAAGUGGGUGGCAAAGCGAGACAAGUCCGGGUUCUUCGUUGACGAGCAGGACAUGGUGGGAAGAUGGUGGCGUUUGCACGACGAUGUCGACGACUGUUCAAGUUCCGAAAGCUUUGAUGCACUCCUUCGCCAGAGACUCAUCAGGCUUCGUACUCGUGAGACUUUCUUGCAAAUCAUUCUCACUCUCGAAGUUCUGGCGCUUGAGGCCGCUCUUCCUGCAUGCACAGGCGAGGGGCAAACACUGCAAUUCUCUGAUAGCCGGCAUGCUGACCCGGGGCUGCCGCGGACCCCGAGCAAGCGGUUGACGUCGAAGAAGGCCCACAACCUGCCUACCCAGCUUGAGGCUUUGUUGGACAAGCUGUGUAUAUGGCAUUCGCUUGAAUCGCAGUCGCCUGCCAAAGCCGUGAAUCCAGACACCUCAGUCAACUCAGAGGAGCCCAAUGACGAGCUCCGAAACUUCUGUAUAGAAGUCGUCAUUCCUUUCUACAGCUCUCGAGUCCCCAACUACUCAGCGACAGUAAACAAGAAAUUCGGCGGCCCAGGUGCUCCAACUCCGGUCAAAGAGAAUCCUUCAAAGUCACAUAAGCCGGGCAGUGCUGUCGCUAGACAACCGCGACCAAAGCCGGCGAGGACAUCACCUGAGCGGUCGUCAACGGAUCCUUCGAUUCGCACGCUUCAGCCUGGCAGAGCCCGACUGCCAUCUUUACCGAGGUCAGCAGUGGCGUCCGAAUCGGUCCCCCUGAUCAAACGCGAAAGCAGCGAUGUCUCGCUGGACUGUAUUCCCAGCUUACGGCCACCUUCGACGCAUAUUCGCAGGCCUCGCGCUGUGCCACAUCUUGAGCAGUUCAGCAAGCGCGAGGUUGAUCUGACGGCCAUAUCAACCGCCAAUGAGGCAAAGAUGCGAAAGAAGAAAGACGUCGAAGCUAGGCUUCGGGACGCAGUCGAGAUGCUUAAGAAGCCCAACCGAGCCCUUGCGGUAAGGGAGGACGAGCGGAGGAUCGACAAGAGUUUCGCUGAUGCCACGCUCAAAACGAAGGCCAAGGCAAAGCAAUUUUCGGCCGCGACUAAGCCAGACGGAGCAUCUUCAUUGGCCUCGCAAGUCAGCAAUACUCCAAGCUACGUUGGAGUACGUGCCACGCCCAGGAAGCCCCAUCGUACCAUGAUGGAGCGAGAGGGUGAGUUUGCUGGCGACUCGUAUAUGGCAUCCUCGUCACCGCGAUUGGCUCCCCAGCGGACGUUCGACAUCCCAGGAAGUACGCCGGCCGUUCCCCAAACGAGUCAUCGGAAUAGACCGUCCUCGCACGUCCAGGAAACGCCUUCGCGAGGAUUCGCCAAGUUCAUGCCACCCGGUCUAGCAAGACCACCGGGCUCGCUCGCCGUUUUUCAAACGCCUUCCAAGCCAAAAUCCACCACGACCGUCGAUCGACUGCUUGCUACUCCUCUGGCCAUGGCUUCGCCAAAUGUGGUCCUUAGAACGGGCGUGGCGGAUCAAACGGGACCUGAGUCCAUCUACAAUGCUCUAGGCUGGGAUGAAUUUCAAGGAGACGCCCUUGACUAGGGGGUGUGAAUUCGUGGCUUGCGGAAUGACAGAACGCUCAGUCAUAGCUAGGCCUA